GAGCCAGCGCGCGGGCGGGCGGGCCGGCGAGGAAGACAAGGUUGCCUCGCCUCAGGAGUUUGGUUUCAAGCGGAGGCUGGCCGGCCGUCGGGCAGCGGCGUGGGAGAUCGAGGGCCUGUGACUGAGGCAGACAGCUGGCUGGAAAGCCUCCGAAGGGGCUACGAAGAGUUGGAGCGGCGGAGGCUAACCCGCUCGCUUGCUGCUGCUGCUGCUGCUGCUGCUGCUGCUGCAACGCCUCCCAGCAUGUCUGGGACGCUCGAGUUCUGCCUCUUCUGCCUCAGCCUUUGCCUUCGGGGGAGUUCAGCCUUCAACCUGGAUGUCACCGAGACCAUCCUCAAGCAGGGAGACAACGGCAGCUUCUUUGGCUUCUCCGUGGCAUUGCACCAACAGCUCAGUCCGCAGCCCAUCAGCUGGCUGUUGGUGGGAGCGCCACAGGCUGCUGCUCUGCCAGGUCAAAAGGCCAAAAGAACUGGUGGCUUAUAUGCAUGUCCUUUGACCUACGACACUAAGGACUGUGAGCGCGUGCCCAUCGAUGAGGGAGUUGACCUGAAGAAGGAGAGCAAAGAGAACCAGUGGCUGGGUGUUACUGUCAACAGCCAAGGCCCCGGAGGAAAGAUUGUGACCUGUGCUCACUUGUAUGAAGCGCGGAACCGUGUGAACGACACUCUGGAGACGAGGGAUGUGAUUGGCCGUUGUUAUGUACUCAGCGAGGGGCUGCAGGUGGCUGAUGAACUGGAUGGUGGCGAGUGGAAAUUCUGCGAAGGGCGGCAACAUGGGCAUGAUCGCUUCGGUUUCUGCCAGCAGGGGAUAGCUACGGGCUUCACUGCAGAUAGGCAUUACAUCCUCUUUGGGGCACCUGGCACAUACAACUGGAAGGGGACCAUACGGGCAGAGCUGAGUGGCUUGGAUUUCGGCCACUACGACGAUGGGCCGUAUGAAGCCGGGGGAGAAAAGGACCAGGAUCCCUCACUCAUCCCCUUGCCAGCCAACAGCUACCUCGGGAUAUUGUUUGUGACAAACAUUGAUAGCUCAGACCCUGAUCAGUUGGUCUAUAAAACGCCAGAACCCAGCGAACGGGUCCCCGGGACUGUUGGAGACGUAGCCCAGAAUAGCUACUUAGGCUUUUCUUUAGACUCUGGAGUGGGGAUAACCAGGAAGAAUGAGCUGAGCUUUGUAACAGGUGCACCCCGAGCAAAUCAUACUGGAGCAGUGGUGAUCCUGCAUCAGGACAAUGUUAACCGCUUAGUGCCUGAGGUUAUUCUCUCAGGAGAGAAACUGACUUCAUCCUUUGGCUACUCCCUGGCUGUAGUAGAUCUCAAUCAUGAUGGAUGGAUGGACUUGGUGGUUGGAGCACCAAACUUCUUUGAUAGAAAGGAACGGAUUGGAGGAGCUGUCUACGUUUACAUCAACCAAGCAGGGCGCUGGGAAAAUAUCCUCCCCAUUCGCCUCAAUGGCUCCUAUGACUCCCUGUUUGGCAUCACAGUGGGUGCCAUUGGUGAUCUCAACCAAGAUGGUUUUCAAGACUUUGCGGUUGGAGCCCCACUGGAUGGUGAUGGCAAAGUCUACAUCUAUCAUGGCAGUAAUUUGGGAAUUGUGACAAAACCUGCCCAGAUCCUGACUGGGGAGAGUGUUGGCAUCAAGAAGUUUGGCUAUUCCUUUUCUGGAGGGCUGGAUAUUGAUGGCAACUUUUAUCCAGAUCUCCUGGUGGGCUCACUGUCUGACACAGUAGUAUUGUACAGAUCUCGACCUGUCAUCCAUGUCUCCAGAAAUAUUACUGCCAACCCCCAAAACGUUGAUCUGGAGAAUGUUAACUGCCGCUAUUUGGAGGGCAUCUGCAGUGUGGAAGUCCAAGCCUGUUUCAUCUAUACAGCCAACCCUCCGAGCUAUAGCCCACCCAUCAAACUUGAGUACCGUUUUGAAGCUGAUGGUGACCACCGGCAGCAAGGGAAAACUUCUAGAGUCUUUUUCCUAAAUCAGAAGGCCAAUGAUCUUGAGCAUCAGUACUCUGGAACGUUGGAGCUGCCCAAACAACAGUCAAGGACUUGCACCAAGGCCACAUUACAACUGAAGGAGCAAGUCCGGGACAAGCUACAUCCCAUUGUUGUGAUGAUGAGCUACAACAUCAAGCAUGGCCGCAGCAGGCGCCAGAUCCCAGGGGCCACCCUGGGGUCGCUCCCCCCUGUACUGAAUGCCCUGCCACACAACUCUCAAAGGAUUGAGGUCAAUUUCCUUAAGCAAGGGUGUGGGGAGGAUAAAAUCUGCCAAAGCAACCUGCAGCUGAAAUACAAGUUCCACUCCCGUGUUGAUGAUGCUGUAUUCCAACCUCUACCCAGAGGUGAUGAUGGCUUGGAUGUUUUUUCCAUGAGCGAUCAGAAAGGCAUAGCCCUUGGAAUCUCUAUCACUAACUUUCCUUCAGUCUCUGAUGAGCCGCAGCGGGAUGGUGAUGAUGCCCAUGAAGCCAUGCUGCUUAUCUCAUUGCCACCUACCUUGACUUAUGCUAGUCUACGGCACUACAAUGCAACGGAGAAGAUUCCAUCCUGCGUGUCUAACCAGAAUGCUACAUAUGUGGAAUGUGAGCUUGGGAACCCCAUGAAGCGUGGAGCACAGUUUCGGUUCUACCUUGUUCUGAGCACUUCAGGCAUUACCUUGGAGACCACAGAACUGGAAGUAAACCUGGAACUGACUACGAUCUCCGAGCAAUCUGGGUUGGCCCCUGUGGCUGCACGAGCCCGAGUGAUCAUAGAGCUUCCUCUCUCAAUUACUGGACUGCCGGAACCAAAGCAACUCUUCUUCAGUGGGGUGGUACGGGGUGAAAGUGCCAUGAAGAAGGAAAGUGAUGUGGGUAGCCCGGUGAUCUUCAGGGUGACGGUCUCAACCAGAGGCCAGCCCUUCAGUACGCUGGGCUCCACCUUCCUCCAUCUCAUGUGGCCCUAUGAAAUUUCAAAUGGAAAGUGGCUUCUUUACCCCCUUAAGCUGGAGCUAUUGACCCAGUCCCAGCAUCACUCAACCUGCACCCCUGAACCCAACCCCCUGGGCCUGACUCUGGAAUCACCUCCUCAAGGAAGGAAGAAACGUGAGACUGAGCAGGCAGAGAUGUCCAGCCCAUCAUUGACUUAUUGGAAAGGACGAAAAAAUGCUACCUUGGACUGUGUGUUGGGCACAGCUCGUUGUCUGCUAUACCAGUGUCCCCUCUACAGUUUUGAGCGCUCAGCUGUGCUCACCAUCUGGGCCCGUCUCUGGAACAGCACCUUCCUGGAGGAAUUUGCUCAAAUGACAUCAGUGGAAGUGAUUGUUCGUGCCAACAUCUCAGUGAGCUCCACCAUCCGCAACCUGGUCCUAAAAGAUGCCACAACGCAGAUCCCAGUGACUGUCUACUUGGACCCUGCUGUGGCCUUGACACGGGGUGUGCCCUGGUGGAUCAUCCUCAUUGCUGUACUAGCUGGAAUCCUAGUACUGGGUCUGCUAGUCUCUAUCUUAUGGAAGCUUGGUUUCUUCAAACGUGCCCACUAUGAGAAGGCCAAGAUACCCCAGUACCAUGCUGUCAAGAUUCCCCGCCAGGAGCGCCAGCUUUUCCAUGAGGAGAAGACAGGCACCAUCACCAAGAAAGACUGGGUUACUAGCUGGAGUGGGGACAGUGAUGGCCAUGUUCCUCUUUCAGCCUAACUACCUCCCUACUCUGGCCUCUUCUUGCAAGUUCCUGAUUAUAAGGAGACUACUUCUUAAGGAGGGACCUUUCAAUGGCACGAGCCUGGCUAACUGGAGCUGUGCUCUUGGUGUGCUUCUCUCUCUCAAAGAUGCGCAGGCGCUGGGUGACCCUUUCUGGGGAGGUACAACAGACAUUGGGGGAGCUGAUGUUUAACAGUGGGGGUUGUGCUGAUAGAUUGGACAAUGCCAAACAGUUUAAGAGUUUCUACUUCCAGGGAUUUUGAUUUUUCUUGUAAAGCUGAGCAGUAUCUGAUGAGAAAAACGAGCCAGCGUCUGUCUGAGGAAAUAUUCUCCCCCCCACUUCACUUUCCCAAAGAGUCAUCAGCCAGGGCGAAAAUACCAAUGAACCGGGCACCCUGAUGUUGAGAGCUGGAGCUGUCUCUGCCUUUGGGUGUUUGGGCCAUCGAGUCACUCCUGACUCCAGGGACAAAUGCCAGCAGUUUUCUCGGCAACAUUUUCGGAAGUGGCUUGCCGGUACCUUCUUCCUAGGGCUGAGGACACCACUGCAAGAACAGCAUGAAUAUACUGCAGGAUCUGAUCCUUUGGGAAUGAGGAGAAUGUGGAUUGCUUGAGCAGUGUACAGGGCCUCAAAGCCUCUGUGUGUAUGUGUGUGUGUGUGUGUACGUACGUAUGUGCAUGCAGAGAAUGAGAGAGUGACAGAGGUUGCCUUCUUUUGAGUAAGUUCGCUGUCUUCUUACCAGCUUUUUAUAAUUUUCAUUGUCUAACUAAUAUUAGAAGCACUUGAUGCCUACAGUGGUGAGUUCAGUUGAAUCUGAUAGGACAUGCUUUAAGUAUCAAAGGUUCUUAUCACUAUGUUUAAAGACAGCACUAAAAAUCUCUCUUGGUUGCUUGUCGUCUUCUCUGAAAAAAGGUAAGACUCUACAGGCCCAUCCCUAUCCAGCCUUAUAGAUACCUGUCUGUCUGUCGCUGUCAUAAACACACAGACACAUACACUUGUCUCUCUGUCCAUUGAUUUCCUUGGCUGCCUUAGCACCUCUGUCUCUUCUCUUUUUUUCUUUAUACCAUUGGAACACAGCAACCUACCUCAUCAGCUUACUGUGAGGAUAGAGUUGAUAAGCAAUACUUACCAGAAAGGUCAGAUAAAUUUUGAGUAGCAAAAAUAACCAAGUUCAAAGGAAAAUUAUGCCAAAAAGAUAAAGCCAAAUGCAAGCAAAGACUCUGCCUGCUGAUCCACACUGUCUGGCCUGUAUGCUUAAUGGAGAUGCAAAACCAUUUUUAUGCCACAAAAAACAAUAAAGUUUAAAGAAAAAUGGUGCGUGUGAGAGAGGUUGGCUUCACUAUUAAAUGACUUCCCUACUUUAGAA